AUGGUCACGGGAAUGCGCAGCCAGUCCUUGCGAGGACCCCGGCCCACCUAUGGAAAGCUCCAAGACUGCCAGGGGAGACCCCUGGAGGGCCGACCACGCCGAGCACUGAGCCUGCGGCAGGAGCGGAACAGGGGACAGCAGGGCGCCGAGGGAGACCCAGAAGGGCCCAGCCCCGCUGCUCAGGAGUGGCUGCCAGGGGGCCCCGGGGACACGGAGCAGCUGAUCCAAGCGCGCCGAGGCAGCGGACGGUGGCUGAAGCAGUACCGACAGCAGAUGAAGAGGAGGUGGGAGAGCCUGGUGGCCAGCAUCCCCGGUCUCACCCUGAGCCGAUCGUCCGCCUCCCAGGAGCCGCUGGACACUGCCAGUUAA